GGCCGGGGCAGGAAUGCGCGGCGGGCGGCGCAGCAGGCGAGCGGCGGAACAUGUAAGGGCACAUCCCGCGAGCUGCCGCCCUGCGCGCACACCGAGCCCAGGGAGCCAGCGAGCGGGCGCAGCGCGAGCGGGCAGCCGGGCUGUCAGCCGGGAAGCCGCGGAGGCACCACGCAGCGGCGGGGCGGGGGAGCCCCGGGGGUGCUGAGCGGGCGGUGGGCACCUGCGCCCGCCGCCGAGGCAGCGGAGUCCCGAGGACCAGGCGGCGGGCGCCCCGGGCAGCCGGGGCGCAGGCGGGCAGGGCGCACGGCCGGCCAGCCCCCGGCGCCGGAAUCCGCGCUGCGCGCAGCUCUCCCGAGACCCCGGGCGCCCAUGACGGCCGCGGCGACCGUGCUCAAGGAGGGCGUGCUGGAGAAGCGCAGCGGCGGGCUGCUGCAGCUCUGGAAGCGGAAGCGCUGCGUGCUCACGGAGCGCGGGCUGCAGCUCUUCGAGGCCAAGGGCGCGGGCGGCCGGCCCAAGGAGCUCAGCUUCGCCCGCAUCAAGGCCGUGGAAUGCGUGGAGAGCACCGGGCGCCACAUCUACUUCACGCUGGUGACCGAGGGCGGCGGCGAGAUCGACUUCCGCUGCCCCCUCGAGGAUCCUGGCUGGAACGCGCAGAUCACCCUCGGCUUGGUCAAGUUCAAAAACCAGCAGGCCAUCCAGACAGUGCGGGCCCGGCAGAGCCUCGGGGCUGGGACCCUUGUGUCCUAAACCGCCAGGCUCACUGUCUUAACCCUCAUGCCCCCCGCCGAGGUGCACGCAGGGCCCAGAGGUCAGGAGGAGCCCUCCUCAGAGAAGAGCUUGAGCAGGAAGCAGGGCAGAAAAACAGCCUCCCUCAGCUUCCCUCUCUUCAGCAUCCCUGUGCCUUUGGGCUCAUAGGGGCACCACCCUGCUCCAUGUGGCAAGGCAGAAGCCGUGGUCUGUGGAGGAGGCAUUGCAGCUGAAGGAAUGGAUGGGGUCUGGGAGGAGGGCAGAAGGCCACACAGGGCUGAGGAUGAAGAUUCAGUCCCUGGACGUAAUCGACUCUCAGGAUGUACCAGCUCUGGUCUUCUAGCCACAGGCCUGCCUCAUCAGUCAUGAUGGAGGGCUGGCCUCAAAGCCCCUGCCCGCAGUGGCCCUGCCAUUUGUCCUGCAGACUACUGCUCCUCCCUGGCGUGGUGCCGUGCCCGGAGGAGGGCAUUCCCCUGUGGAGCACUGACCCGGUGCCUCAGGACUCAGGACACCAGCGUGGUACCCAGGAGAGGAACAGCCCUGAGAUUGCCUCAGGACUCACCUUGGUGGGGAGGGGGUGGCUGAUGGGCCUGUGGCCCGCACCUGGGGGUCUCCUGCUGCUUAGGUCCUUCUGGGACCCCCACCUGUCCAGGCUUCUCUUUGCACACGUGUUCCCCCACCUCCUUCCCUCUUGCCCCCGCAGUGGUGUUAGCCCUGGAGGUGGUGGGGUAGGGUGGGGUCUGGCCGUUACCAUUUCAUGCCUAUCUCAAAAUGAAGAUGCCCCACAAAGGGCAGUGACCACACUGUUUGCUGAGUGAGUCUUUGCCCACGAGACCCAGUGCCUGGAGCAUCCCUCCCCUCUCCCCAUCUUUCCUAAUUCGUGGCCCUACCUGAAAUCUGCAGCCUGGAUGGGGAGAUACUGUGACUCCAGAAGACACAGCCUCAGUGGUCCUUCAAGGAAGGGCCCUAAGGCUGAGACUGAGGGAUGUAUUCCUGGGGACGCACCCUCUGUAGCUGCCUCUUCUCCAGAAGGUGCCGCCUGUCCUGGGAGGUGGCUCUGCUUUGGGGGGCAGAGCUCGCCUCCCUGUGGUUUACACACUCAGGCUUUAAGCACUUUGUACAGGAAGUGGUCCUUACCAGUGGCUUAAAGGAAUCACUUCAACCUGGGAGCAACGGAGGUACCAAGAAACAGCUGCCCUGGGUUGUGCAGAGACUAUGAGCCGGGUGACCCUGAGGCUUCCCCUGCUGUAGUGAGCAGUUGUCGGCUUCCUUCGCCACCCAUGUCUGGCCUUCCUGCGGCUAACCAGUGCCCACUGCAGAGUGUCCGGGAGGAGAAAGGAGGCUGAGUGGCUCUCCGGUGAUCUGCAGCCUCCUUCAGCGCCUGCUUGAGCUUCCCACCGGUUCUGUUCCCCAUCACAUGUCUCCUUCCUCUCUGUCCUGUCACCCAGUACCUGAGAGCCCUCAGGAGCAUCUUGCUCAUGAGAUUCGUGAACUAUACCUUGCAACUGAAUAAGAAUUUACAAAUUAUAAAGGCAGGCUUACAAGUAUUAUC